GCAAGUUGCAGUCCUGCAAGUGUACGAAGCACAUUAGCACACAUCACUGCAGAACAAAGAACGUGAACGGAUGCAAAAUGGACAUAAGAAACUUUUUCAAGAAAGAGUCAGGGCAGAGGAGCACAGAAAGUGAGAGGGGAGAUACCUCUACUGGAAAGGCAUGCUGAAGCGCACCAAAUACAGCCGUCUACAUGAGGACUCAAGGACCACCCUGGAGGAUUCGCCUGCAGUCCUGGAGGAUUCGCCUGCACACGAUCCACCAUCCACCCUGAGGGACUUCAUCCCCAACAGCCCAUCACAAAGUCAUGUCUCCCAGCAGAGCUUGAGCACUAACAGACCCUCAGACAGAAGUCCGAAUGUGAGCCAUCCACCCAAACGACCAAUGACCUUCCAUCACAUGUGCAGCUUUCCCCAGACUCCAAGUGCUCUUUCGACCUGCGCUCUACACAAACAGUGCUGCUCAGUGGUCCACAGAGUGGUCCACCAUCACAUAAAGACCACGACCCCCUCCUCUCAGGCAGCUUACUGUGUCGGCAGUAGUGACUCAUCCGAGCUCUGCACUCUGCUAUACAUGGGCAGUGUGGAGGUAACCCAGUCCAUGAGAACCCUCGACUUUGACACGAGGAAGCAAGUAACGCGAGAAGCCAUCAACAGACUGUGUAAGAGGCUGUCUGUGAAGACCACAGUGGAAAUUAAGAGUCCUAAACACAAGCAGCUGUCUUUUGUACUGGGUCGAAGCAACCUGCAGUUUUCGGGCAGGAAAGUCAUCCUCACCGUCUCCGCAGACACCCUCAAGCUUAUUGCCGCCUCCUCACAGAGAAUAGCCCAACAUUCCAUCCAGGCGAUUUCAUUUGUAUCAGGAGGAGACCCUGACAUGGAAGACUACAUUGCAUAUGUUGCCAAAGAUUUUGACAAUCAGAGAGCGUGUCACAUCCUGGAGUGUCCUCAAGGUAGAGCAGCAGAGGUCAUCAGCAGCAUCGGUCGGGCCUUUGAGUCUCAGUUCCGACAGCUUCUCGGUCACACGCCGUCUCUCGUCUCCGCUGAUCCCAGGCCAGCCAGGAGAAUUCUCAACAAAUGUUUCACAGAGGAAAGCGUAAUGGACCCAAAUGACCAAGAUGAUGACGAUGAUAAUGAAGCGGUCAGAGGCCAUCAUCACUACUACAAUGUGAUUCCAGGGAAGACACCGCCUCUUGGCGGAAUAGAAGACCUGCGGGUCACAAGAGAUGGGAAGGAACAAGAAGCUGGCAAUCACUUGGUGGCUUCCUCUCAAGAUGUCUCGCUCUAUGAGAACUGCUCCGUGACACAAGUUCUACCAACAGACUCUGAGAUGGCUGCCAGCAAGAGCGCGACAAACACCCACAACCUUAUCCAGGAGGAAUGUUGGUUUCAUGGCAGGCUAGGAAGAAAGCAGGCCGAGUCCCUUCUAACGUGUAGUGGAGACUUCCUGGUCCGAGAGAGCAGCUCAGACUGUGGUCAGUACGUCCUCAGUGGGAUGGACGGAACCACAGUGAGACACCUCUUGCUGGUGGACCCACACGGCCAGGUUCGGACUUGUGACCAGGUCUUCCUGAGCGUAGGUCACCUGGUCUGCUUCCACAUGCAGAACCAGAUGCCCAUCAUGACCGGGAGCAGUGAGCUUUGUCUCAAGCAGCCAAUCCUGCAGAGACUCUAACAAAUGUGCAGUUGUGUGCACUGCUCUUGUUGACAUUCACACUUUUAGCCACAUGCUACUUGUCCUGACUUGGGAAUGUAGUCGGAAAUCGUAAAAGAAAGCUCAACAUUGUUGUUUUUAUCCUGCGAGGCCUUCUCACUAACAGACUCUGCAUGAAGAAUAUGACACAACACGUAUACUUUUCAUUGUUUCAAAGCAGUUGGUGUUAACACACACAUUUUAACGUUUCCGAGUACAAAAUAGUGUUAAAAUUAAUGUGUAAGGAAGCUCACAAUUUAUUCAGAUUGUUGGUGUGUUUCAUGGCUUCAAAUUGUAUAUUGCGUAUACGGAAUGUAGAUGGCAUAUUUACCGGAUUAAUAGUAUUUCUACAUCAAGUAAUUACACUCAAUUCCCACUUAUGUGUCAAGGUGCCUUUCUCUGUUUUUGUCACAUCACCAAGAGCACAAUAUUGUCUGUUUUAAAGGAGCUAUGUGUAAGACUUUUAUGUCAAGUCAUCAUUAAAUGGUCUAGAUAUGUCAGAAGGCAUUAAUAAAUCAUGUUAUUUUCUAAUACCUUUAUAACUGAUAACAGUAGUUCAGCCGGGAUAUGCUCAUUUUAAAAUUAGAUUUACAGCCCUGAAAUCAGCCCCACCCUCCACGUUUGAACAAUUAGAAAGUGUGUGAGUGUGUCACAUCCAGGUUGCCAGUUACGCAUCGCCACCUUCGUCGAGCUACUGCCACUGGUAAAGUUACUAAACAUGUCAGACCUUAAAUCUUAAAUGCGUCGUUACGAUUCUCAACUUAUUUAUGACAAAGCCAGGAACAAAACGAGAAUUUAUAUCGAGGAUGCCUUUGAAAGACGAUUGAAGGCGGAGAAGAUUUUUCAUCUGACGCCAAACUUGCUGAUUUCCUUCUUGAUAGGUAAGUAAGGCAUUUAUGUUUUUUUAUUACUUGUAAUAAAUGGAAAUGGAUAUUUCGUAUGUAAACUAUAUUGUCCAAUACAGUUUAUGAUCUUGUCUAACAAACCUAGUAUAUUCGUGCAACGAAUGCUUAGCAUGCUAGCCCGGUCAAUGACACAUCGACAUAUAGGCUAACGGGGGAAAUAUAUGCCUGUUAGCCUGUAUGUCGAUGUGUAAUUGAACUGACAGGGCAAAAUAUAUUUUCGACAAAUAAAACCUAUGUGGAUAUGGGUAGUGUCAGUGCCUAAAUAUGCUGAAACGCUUCGGAAAUGGGUUACAACAUUAGCACGGCUGUCAACUUGGCAUAUGGAGACAGCAACUCACAUGAUAAAAUAAUUCCUCAUUCGUGUUUGCAUAUUGUGGACCACAUGUACCAAGUUAUAUGGCAAUCUGAAACAUUUGAAACAUUAGCCUAUAGGCAUACCUUGGUAAAAUGUCUCCUCUUUAGUUUUGAGCGUACAUUAGGCUGCUAAGUAUGCUCUACUUAUUUUCACCAGGAUGACCAUUGCUAGUGUUGGUUGUAGUUUGUUUUAGUCUUUGUUUUCUGAUAGUACUGACAAUAACCAUAUGAUUGCCAUUUGUUGUGAUAUUGUAUGCAGGCAUGACAUACUUCUUCCUGAAAAUAGCCUAGUUUCUGUGUAAAAUGUGUUGGUUAGAGAUUUGUUAUUGACAAAAUGCUUGUCUAUUCAGCUAUUAUGGUCCCAGCACCUCAACCUCUAGUAAGAGGCAGUGGAAGUUUGAAGUUCCUUGGAGCAGCCCAGUCGAUCGAGCUGGAUUCAACUGCGUAUCUGGUAACCUCAGUCAGGGAGAGGGGCAGGGGACUACAUAAUUUUGACCGUGAUUGCAGUACCAUUUCUGGCCAGAUACUCACAUAUGGCUCCUUUAAAACAGUUUUGUAACACAUUUUCUUUGUUAAUUAUAUUUUUUCCAGUCUAAACAAUAAUUUUUUUGUCCUUCAUAUAGUAUUUGUUAUGGGCGAAUAUAUGCAUUUCAAUAAAUCUACAUGUGAUUUCAAUCUGUGAUAGUUUGAGCAAAAACUGUUCUGUUCCCUAAAAUAAUUUACUAAAAUAGGGCUGUCAAAAAUAACGACGUAAAUU